AUGCAUGAAACCCAUGAAAGCAACAGCAUUCUCCCACCCACGUUUUCAGCAACUGGUGAACAUAGGCAUGCUGCUUCUGGUGCUGCAGGUAGCAUAAAGCCAUCAGGACUAGUUGCCAAGGUCAUGCCAAAUACUACCUUUUACUUUGCCAUCCUCCGGAAUCCUGCUGAUCUCAUGGAAUCUUCAUUCACAUAUUACAAACUGACGUCUCCCUUCAGCAAAGCCAGGAACUUGGAGGAUUUCCUCUACCACACUUCCCAGUUUUACAAUGCCUCAGCCAGGGACAGCCAUUAUGCCAAAAACCUGAUGACUUUCGAUUUUGGAUAUAACCACAAUGGAAACUUCUCAGCAAAGCACAUCCAAUUCAUACUGAGCUCCAUUGAAGCACAAUUUGACCUCCUCCUGAUCUCAGAGUACUUUGAUGAGUCUAUGGUGCUGCUGAAGAAGGCUUUAUGCUGGGACUUGGAAGAUGUGGUCUCUUUUCCCCUCAACAGCAGACAUAACAGCACUAAGGUCCAUAUUUCAGAAAGCACCGCAGAAAAGCUAAAGAGCUGGAAUCAUCUAGACUGGGAGCUUUACAUGCAUUUCAACAGGACCUUCUGGGAGAAGGUAGACUUGCACAUUGGCAGGGAGCACUUGUGGCAGGAAGUGAGGGCCCUGCAGCAGAAGCGGAAAGAGCUGGCAAAGGUAUGCCUUCAAGAAGGAGGAAGUGUCGUCCCAAAGAACAUUAGGGACCAGAGAUUGGCACCACUGCAGUAUGGCAAGGCAACAGUCCUAGGCUAUAACUUGAAGUCUGGGAUGGAUAAGGCAACAAGGCAGAGGUGCCAGCGCUUGGUGACUCCUGAACUUCAAUACAGUAAGCUCCUGUAUAGAAAACAGUUCCCUAAGAAGGCUCUGAAGUUCAUCAAUCUAGCUCACUCGCCAAAGCUGCUUCCUAAAAGCAACAGAACUAGGGUGCCAUCCUGA